AUGUGCAAACUCUACUUCUUCCUCUUCAUUGCCUUUCUGAAUUCGUGCAUAAAUGGAUACGACGGAUCGUUGAUGGGAGGAAUAAACGCCAUGAAGUAUUACCAGAGUUACUUCAAGAUGAAAACUGUUGGGUCAGAGACAGGAUUAGUUUUCUCGAUCUACACCAUUGGGAAUAUCAUUGGAUCCUUCUUCUGUGGUCCAUUUACCGAUUGGUGGGGACGGAGAUGGGGAAUGUUUAUUGGCGCGAGUAUCAUCAUCGCGGGUACCUGCGUGCAGGCUCCUUCCACUUCCCAUCUUGCGUUCGCUGGAGGAAGAUUUAUUCUCGGGUUCGGUGUUGCGACAUGCGCAACUGCGGGGCCUUCCUACGUUGCAGAGAUGGCUCACCCCGCGUGGAGAGGGACGCUGACGGGUCUUUACAACACCUUUUGGUUUGUCGGAGGGAUUCCUGCAACUUGGACUCUCUACGGAACUCAACAUAUCGAAUCCGACCUCUCAUGGCGCUUGCCCCUCUGGUUCCAGUCCAUCGCAGCUGGUACAGUAAUGUUAGGUUGCCUCUUUUGCCCAGAAACCCCGCGAUGGCUCGUCUCGAACGACCGCCAUGAGGAGGCAAUCCGAGUAAUGGCCCGAUAUCACGGAGAGGGAGACCGAAACUCCCCAAUUGUGCUCCUAACAUACAGAGAAAUGAUCGAAGAGAUUGCAACAGAAGGUUCCGACAAGAGGUGGUGGGAUUACAAGGAUCUUUUCAACUCCAAAUCAGCAUGGUGGAGGCUUUCCUGCGUGGUUGGAAUGGCCUUCUUCAGCCAGUGGUCCGGCAACGGCGCCGUAUCAUACUUCAUGCCCGUCCUCCUCGACCAAAUCGGAGUCAAGGACGGGCGUACGCAACUACUUUACAACGCAAUUCUGAACGUGAUCUCCUUCGUGAUGGCCACAAUUGGGGCCCGCUUUGUAGACCGACUGGGCCGGCGAGUAGUCCUUCUGAUCGGCACAUCCCUGUUCGUCGUGUGGUGGACAGUCAUCACCACGCUGACCGCACUCUACGGGGAUGAGGAGAACGAUAACACGUAUGGCUCCCGUUCCGCCAUCGCCUUCAUCUACAUCUUUGGCAUCACGUACUCCUUCUCCUACACCCCGCUGCAGGCGCUCUACCCGGUCGAGUGUCUGGCAUACGAGACACGUGCUAAGGGAAUGGGCAUGUACAACCUGUUUGUCAACGUCGCGGCAUUCUUCAAUACUUAUGCCAUCCCGACGGUCUGGGAGAGAAUCAAGUGGAGGUUCUACUUUGUAUAUAUCGCUUGGGACGUGUUUGAGGUUACGUUUAUUUACUUCUUCUUUGUUGAAACAAAGGGCAGAACCCUUGAAGAAAUCAACGAAAUCUUCGAAGCACCAUACCCGAAGCGAAAGUCGAUGCAAAAGCACAUUGUAGUGAUCACAGAUCGGGGUAUUCUAGAUAAAGGGCUAGAGGAACACUACUAA